AUGACUUCUCAAGGAGCAAGUGAUAAUGUUGACAAUGCUUCUGAAGAAGCUCCAUUAUGGAACUACGUCACUAAAUUAGAGAAAUCAGGAGCAAAAGGAGGCACUUGGAAAUUUAAGUGUAAUAUUUGCAAUGAAGAUCGACAAGGCUCGUAUUCCAGAAUUAGAGCUCAUCUACUUGGAAUUAAAAACCAAGGUAUUGCUAUAUGUAAGAAAGCAACAAGGAGUCAAAAAUCUGACAUGCAGAAGUUGGAAGAUGAGUUUGAGAAGAAGAAAAACGAGAGUGGUUCUCGAGCGCUUCCUUUACCUUGUGAAAAUAAUGAAACGAAUGCUUCAAAGAAAAGAAAGUCUGCUGAUUCUGCAAUUGUUAGAUCUUUUGGUGUUGAAGUCAGGGAUCAACUGGAUCAAGAAAUUGCAAGAAUGUUCUACAGUGGAGGUGUACCGUUUAACCUUGCAAGAAACCCACAUUAUCAUAGGUCUUACCAGUUUGCUGCUGAAAACAAGAUUGAUGGUUAUGUGCCUCCUGGUUACAAUAAGCUUAGAACUACGCUGCUUCAGAAAGAGAGAAACAACGUUGAAAGAUUAUUGGUUCCAUUUAAGUCAACAUGGAAAGAAAGAGGGGUCACGAUUGUGUCAGAUGGUUGGAGCGAUCCUACUAGAAAACCUUUGAUUAAUUUCAUUGCUACUUCUGGAAGUGGUCCUAUAUUCCUCAAGGCUGUGAACUGUUUUGGAGAAGUGAAAGAUAGAUUCUUCAUCUCUGGUCUGAUGAAAGAGGUUAUCAAUGAAGUAGGUCAUCAAAACGUUGUGCAAAUCAUCACUGAUAAUGCAGCAAAUUGUAAGGCUGCUGGAGAGAUGAUUGAGAGUACGUUUCCUCAUAUUUAUUGGACACUAUGUGUGGUUCACACCCUCAAUCUUGCUUUGAAGAAGAAUGUGGAGAAGAAUGCUUCAACAUACGAAGAAUGCAAUUGGAUAACUGAUGUUCAUGGAGAUGCACUUGCAGUAAAACAUUUCAUCAUGAACCACAACAUGAGACUAGCUAUCUUUAGUAAGUUCUCUCCUCUUAAAUUGCUUGCAGUUGCUGAUACACGUUUUGCCUCUAUCAUUGUGAUGCUUAAGAGAUUGAAGCUUGUCAAAAGAGGCCUUGAAGCUAUGGUCAUAAGUGAGGAGUGGUCUACUUAUAGAGAAGAUGAUGUGGGGAAAGCAACUUUUGUGAAGGCCAAGAUUCUUAAUGAUGAUUGGUGGGAACAAGUGUCAUACAUUAUUGAUUUCACAAGACCAAUAUAUGAGAUGAUAAGGUUUUGUGACACUGACAAACCAUGUCUUCAUUUGGUAUAUGAGAUGUGGGAUUCCAUGAUUGAGAAGGUGAAGUCUGAGAUCUAUAAGAAAGAAAAACGUCCAUUGAUUGAAGUUAGCUCUUUCUACACGGUUGUUCAUGAGAUUUUAGUGGAUCGUUGGACAAAAAACAACACUCCUCUGCAUUGUCUAGCUCACUCUUUAAAUCCAAGAUUCUAUAGUGAUGAAUGGCUAAGUGAAGAUUCUACAAGACUUGGUCCACAUAGAGAUCCAGAUGUCUCAAGUGAGAGAAUGAAGUGUUUUAGAAGAUUGUUUCCGAGUAUCGAUGAUCAUCUUAAGGUUAUGGAUGAAUAUGCUUUAUUCUCCAUGAGAACUGGUCCUUUUGAGGAUUUAACAUGCAUUUCGGUGAUGUUUACUAUGGAACCCAAAAAAUGGUGGGCUAACUUUGGUGCUCAAACUCCUUUCCUACAGACUUUGGCUUUUAAGUUGCUUGGUCAGCCUAGUUCAUCUUCAUGUGCUGAGCGUAACUGGAGUACUUACUCAUUCAUUCAUUCACUUAGAAGGAAUAAGUUGAAUCCAAGUCGAGCUCAAGAUCUAGUUUUUAUCCACAACAAUUUACGUUUCUUAUCAAGGAACUCCGACCAAUACGAAGAAGCAAAAACAAAGAUGUGGGAUGUUGGUGGAGAUGAUUUUGAUUCUAUGGAAGAUAUGGGAUAUUUGGAGUUUGCAAGUCUUUCACUAGAUGAGCCAGAAUUGGAGAAUGGAUUGAUCGAUGAUUAG